AUGGCGCAUUGGCCCAAUCCAGAACAUAGAGUAGAGAUUGUAUCUCUCCUCUAUGAUCCAGAAGUGACCAGAAGUUCGUUCCCGUAUGCAACUCGUAUGCGAGGGCCUACUGGGGCCCAGCCUGCCACAGCCUGCCGAAUGCGAUGUGUGUGUUAUUGGGUCUUGUUUGUGCACUUCUUAUCAAUGUCUGCUGCUUUUCUUUACAUAUUCCCUGCUCGUGUGUUACGACGUACUAUUACAAUGCAUGUUAAAGUUCCUGAAGAUGUUCCUGCUCUAGUACUUUUGAAUGCUGCAUUAUGGGGAUUUUUUUCAUUGCAACUGUUUUGGGCUCCUGCCAGUGUUGCUGUUCGUCACUUGACCUGCAGAGUUGGUCGCCGUCGACAAGACCUUCUUAAUGCUGUCCUCUUUCCUGCUCGUGAUGCUGUACUAGCUGAAUUACGUGCUUUACGCAAUCGUGUUCGUCAGCGAGAAGCUGAACAGUUACAUCCGCUUAAUGUACAUAAUUUUACAGAACAACAGAGAUUGCAGUUGGCACAUAAUGCUAGCAAAAAUACUUUGUUUCAAACAAUUAAGUGUGUUAUGGCUAUUAAACGUCAACUCAAGCGUCGCAGAGAAAAAAAGGAAGCUGAAACUAUUGCAUCUUCCAUUGUAGAAGACUUAGUGAAAUUAUAGACUGAGGACUUACCUUUACAGGUGCUAAGAUUGUUCCUGAUGUAGAGGAUGCUUUGCUUUGAUAGCAUUUAAAUUAAGAGUUCAGAUACCUUAAUCAAGAGUUACCUUACACAGAUUUAUUGUGGUUAGUCUCAUCCUUUGCAAUGCUUUUUGUUUUGUUUUGUUAGAAUGUGCUUAAUAUAAAAUAAAUUAUUAUAUUUUGGGGACAUCAUGUGUUCAAAAGUUUUUGAAGUGUUCUUAUGCCCUUGAAGAUAUGGUUCACUUGAAGUUGAUGAACCAUAAUGUACUCAAUGUUCUCAGCUUGUCACUUUGUGCUUAAAAGGAAUUUACCUUCGAUUGCCUGUUGGGAAAACUAAAUAAAUAUUAAUAAAAUAAUUUUUAAUUUUCAAAACAAUUUUACUCAGCCCUCUCCAUUUUUUAUUUGCUUAUCUAUGUUCUAAUUUAAAGUUGAAUUCAGUUCAAUUCAAGUGGGUAUCAAAUCGAAAGAAUUAAAUUAAUUUUUCUUGUGUGGUUUAGACAGAGUAGUUUCUCUAUUGAGAGGGAUUCUUAAUUGCCAGAUCAGCAGAGAUCCAAAAAAAAAAAACAAAUUUAAUGUGUAAAUAUAAAAAUUACAAAUUGUAUUACAUACGUUUCUGUAUUUGCAUUUAAUUUAUUUUAAUAGUACAACACAUCAGUCUGUGAUUUAAUUAUAAUGUGAAAGCUAUAUUAUUGUUACCUAAUUGAAGUAGAUAUUUAUAGUUUUAUGCUGUUAUACUUAACAUGAGGAUUUUUAAGACUAUUGAAAUGGAGUAUAUUUGUUCCAUGUUUAAAGAAUUAAGUGCUCAAAAAUACACAUUUGUGGUAGUUGCACCUUUUUGUGCCUAUUGCUGUGUUAGUAUUUUGGACUUGAGUACUUGUAUGUUGUUGACUAUUAAAAUAUAUUGCAGUGAAUUGUUGAAUAAAAUGAUUUCGUGCAA